UCGGAACUGACCUACUAACACACAUCUCUCGGCGCGGCCACGGCGCCCGCGGACCCGGCGCGCCCGCUCGUCUCCCGCGCCGCGCCCUCUCCACCGCCCGCUGAGGGCCCGGCGGAGCUUGAAUCGCGCCCCGGCGCCUUCAGCCCGGUUCCAGCCGCCCUUUCUUUUCCACUUACGGACCAGGGAGCAGAACCACGAGAACCCAUGAAAGGCUCCUGACAGAUUUACCCUGGGCUGGACAGCAGGAGGACUAUUGAUGGAUGAGAAGCUGAAGUCCUUAAAACCUGAAAGAAGACUGGGGAAGUGAUUUGUCUCCUCCAUCGGGUCUGUAGGACGAGGAGGUCCUUUCUGAUGCAGCUGAGAAAAAUGCAGACCAUCAAAAAGGAGCCCGCACCCCUGGAUCCUACCAGCAGCUCAGACAAGAUGCUGCUGCUGAACUCUGCCUUAGCUGAGGUGGCCGAGGACCUAGCCUCAGGUGAAGAUUUGCUCCUGAACGAAGGGAGCAUGGGGAAAAACAAAUCCUCCGCAUGUCGGAGGAAACGGGAAUUCAUUCCCGACGAGAAGAAAGAUGCCAUGUAUUGGGAGAAACGGCGGAAAAACAAUGAAGCUGCCAAAAGAUCUCGGGAGAAGCGCCGCCUCAAUGACCUGGUUUUGGAGAACAAGCUGAUCGCCUUGGGAGAAGAAAAUGCCACGUUAAAAGCUGAGCUGCUCUCCCUGAAAUUAAAGUUUGGUUUAAUUAGCUCCACAGCCUAUGCCCAAGAAAUCCAGAAACUCAGUAAUUCCACAGCUGUGUACUUUCAGGACUACCAGACGUCCAAGGCUGCGGUGAGCUCUUUUGUGGACGAGCAUGAGCCUGCGAUGGUAGCCGGAAGUUGCAUCUCAGUCAUCAAGCACUCUCCCCAGAGCUCGCUCUCUGAUGUGUCUGAGGUGUCCUCCGUGGAGCACACCCAGGAAAGCCCCGCACAGGGAGGCUGCCGGAGCCCUGAGAACAAGUUCCCUGUGAUCAAGCAGGAGCCCGUGGAGUUGGAGAGCUUUGCCAGGGAGUCCAGGGAGGAGCGGGGCGCUUAUUCCACCUCCAUCUACCAGAGCUACAUGGGACGCUCUUUCUCCACCUACUCCCAUUCCCCGCCCCUCCUGCAGGUCCAUGGGUCCACGAGCAACUCCCCGAGAACCUCAGAGGCCGAUGAGGGUGUGGUGGGCAAGUCUUCUGAUGGGGAAGACGAGCAGCAGGUACCCAAGGGCCCCAUCCAUUCUCCAGUGGAGCUGCAGCGGGUCCACGCCACGGUGGUGAAGGUUCCGGAAGUGAAUCCUUCUGCCUUACCGCACAAGCUCCGGAUUAAAGCCAAGGCCAUGCAGGUCAAAGUGGAGGCUUUGGACAGCGAGUUUGAAGGCAUGCAGAAACUCUCUUCACCCGCGGAUGUGAUAGCCAAAAGACAUUUUGACCUGGAGAAGCAUGGCACCUCGGGUAUGGCCCAUUCCUCCCUCCCUCCUUUCUCGGUUCAGGUGACGAACAUUCAAGAUUGGUCCCUCAAAUCGGAACACUGGCAUCACAAGGAACUGAGCAGCAAAACUCAGAGUAGCUUCAAAACAGGUGUGGUGGAAGUCAAAGACAGUGGCUACAAGGUUUCCGAGCCUGAGAAUUUGUAUUUGAAGCAGGGAAUGGCAAACUUAUCCGCAGAGGUGGUCUCGCUCAAGAGAUUUAUAGCCACACAACCUAUCUCUGCUUCGGACUCCAGGUGAAUGGCUACUGACCGAGCUGCGUGGAGGAGGAGGCUGAUGGUACCAUACUGAAUCCCACUGGACCCCUAAAGUCAUUUCACUGUAGUGUGCACAGCGGUGUCUGCCUGGGUGUCCUUGGGCACGCACGCUGAAGACUUGAUGCCCUCACUCUGCCUGGCGUGUAGUCAGAUAGUCCCCCACAGAGGCUGUACAUAUGGAACGUUAUUUUUUGCUCUAUUAUAAAGUGUGGAUGUUGCCAGUUUCAAUAAAGGAUUGGUGGCAAGCA